AUGCUGUUUCUGCAGAUUACAUUGCUAGCAGUUCUCCUCGCAGCUGGUGACAAUGAAGAUGCCUUCCAGGAGCAGAUCUCCUUCCACAUGAUCCAUAUCUCAUCCUUCUACAAUCAUUCCUGGACACAAAACUGGGGCUCUGCUUGGUUGGGUGAGUUGCAGACUCAUGGCUGGAACAGUAACUCUUACAGUAUUAUUUUCCUGCGGCCUUGGUCCAAAGGCAACUUCAGCAAGAAGGAAAUAACAGAAAUGGAAAAGUUCUUCCGAAGGUUACACACCGAAUUGCCACUUGUAAUUCGCAAGCAUGUCAGUGAAUGGAAGUUUGAGUAUCCCUUUGAGGUACAAAUAACAGGAGGCUGUGAGCUGCACCCUCGGGAAAGCAAGGUAGUCUUCCUGAAAUUUGCUUAUCAAGGAUCAGAACUCCUGAACUUCCAGAACAAUUCAUGGCUGCCAUCUUCAAAGGGUGACAAUAGAGCUCAGGAGGUGUGUAGACUAUUCAAUCAGUACCAUGUUGCCAACAUAAUAACACAGAGGAUACUCUGGGACACCUGCCCACGUUUCCUUUUGGGCCUCUUUGAUGCUGGGAAGGCAGAUCUCCAGAGAAAAGUAAAACCAGAGGCCUGGCUGUCCACUGGCUCUAAUUCUGGUCCUGACCGACAGAUGCUGGUUUGCCAUGUCUCUGGCUUCCAUCCAAAGCCAAUUUGGGUACAGUGGAUGAGAGGUGAACACCUACAACAGGGCACUCAACAAAGUGAUAUCUUGCCCAAUGCUGAUGGGACAUGGUACCUUGAGGUUUUCUUGGAGGUGGAAGCCACUGAGACAUCUGGCCUGUAUUGCCGAGUGAGACAUAGCAGUCUAGGAGGCCAGGACAUCCUCCUCUACUUGGGUAAGAAACACUGGGGCCCACACUGGGAAUGGGAGUAGAUAAUGGUCCACAAGCAGAGCAGGAGAGCCAAGUAAAACAUUUGGGAUUAUUGGCUCCAGACCCCAAAGAAUGAAAAUAAUUAA